AGCGCCGCGAGUCGCCGGCGGGUGUAUCCGCGCGCAGCCGGGCCUGCUCUCGGCGCGUCCCUCCGUCUGUCCGUGCGUGCCCGCCGCAUGGGGCGGGCGCCGGGCUGAGGCGCGGGAGGCGCCCGCUGACCCCCCGCCGCCAUGCACACGGGGCAGAAGGACACCACGUUCACCAAGAUCUUCGUGGGCGGCCUGCCCUACCACACCACGGACGCGUCUCUGCGCAAGUACUUCGAGGGCUUCGGCGACAUCGAGGAGGCCGUGGUCAUCACGGACCGCCAGACGGGCAAGUCCCGCGGAUACGGCUUCGUGACCAUGGCAGACCGAGCGGCUGCCGACCGAGCGUGCAAGGAUCCCAAUCCCAUCAUCGAUGGCAGGAAAGCAAAUGUGAACCUGGCGUAUUUGGGGGCCAAACCGCGGAGCAUUCAAACCGGUUUUACCAUAGGUGUGCAGCAGUUGCAUCCAGCCUUUAUUCAGAGACCCUUUGGGCUAACUCCUCACUAUAUUUAUCCUCAAGCAAUCAUUCAGCCCAGCAUGGUCAUCCCUACCCCUGUGCAGUCUAUCACGUCUCCCUACAUAGACUACACCACUGCAAGCCAAGCCUAUACCCAGUACACCACAGCUGCCUACGACCAGUACCCCUACGCCGCCUCUCCCGCUGCUGGGUUUGUGGGAUACGGCUACCCAAGCACAGUCCAACCGCCCCUCACAGCGAGCAAUCCAGCAGCACCCACCACCGCUUUUGUUCAGUAUCAGCCCCAACAGCUGCAACCUGACCGCAUGCAAUAAGGGUCCAGCCCUGGCAUCUACCACAUAGGACAAUCUUACCAUGGAAGGAUACAAAAAAAGCAAAAAACAAAAAACGAAACAAAAACCAAAAUAAACAAACAAACAAAAAAAACAAAACCCAAGAAAAACAAAGGGAAAAAAGAAUGAAAAGAAACGAAACCCUUUUAGGUGCGUAUGAAUACCUAAGCUAUUUAUAGUGUUAAGGGGAACCUGAAUCCUUGCAAUCUGGCUACACUCAUGAAGAAGGACUUCCGGUAAGUUUGGACAUAGAUCAUCUUGAAGACGUACUUUAAAGUCUCUGAAACGUUAGAAGGAAAACUACAGUUUCUUGCACACUUAGUGGUCUGCUUCCAUCGUCUGUCCUCUCCUCAUCCCCUCACCUGAUCCCCUCCCAUCCAUCAGUUAUCCCCACCCCAACUCCCUUUGCCACCAUCAGACCUGCAGUCCUCUUCUUUACUAUCGAGGUACGCACGGUACUUGGAGAACAGUGGGGGGAGGGAAAGCGAUCUUAUUUUUUUGGUUGUACAAAAACUUUGUAAUACUCAGAGAUGCCUUACAGAAAAAAAGAAAAAGAAAACUAUUUUUUAAUAUUUAUUGCGAUUUUAUUCGCAUGAGCUGUGAAUUACAGACAGAAGAAGAAUAGUAAGUAUCUGCCUUGUUUAAUUCUCAUUUUACUAAAUUAUUGUAUGUAGGUAAAAGUUCCUAAUUGCUGAAUCACUUCAACAUGCAAAAGGGAAUAUUGGCUUUGAGGAAAGCAGAAUAUUCCUUUAGUCGACGCACUGUAAUAUUUUCUUAUUGUAAUUGUUACUCUGUUAAGAUUAUCUCAAAUUUAGGUAUAUUUUUAAAAUGGGGGGGGAGGGGGAAAGAAACAACCAACCAAGAACACCGAACAUAUUGUCUACUUUGAUAAAUCUUUUGUUAUAAUGCUGCAAUUUAUGGAGACAUUUACAGUAUUUAUGUAAAUCUAGAGUUUUCAGGCUGUUGUCUGGUAAAACUAAGGAGAAUGUCAGGAAUGGAUUAAAAAAAAAAAGAAAAAGCUGUUAGAUACUGAACAAAUGGGCGGACAUAACACUUUUAUACAUAUGGUACAACAGCCAAAUAAAGAAAGGAAAACAGACAACGCAAGUCAAGUGCAUUUUUACAAAGAGCAAUAAACUAGUUUGACUUUUAUUCAAUGCUACAUUGUAUGUUCUAGCCAAAUAAACAUGGUAUUAAGGACAGAAUGAAUUUGGCCUGAAUUGGAUACACUGGUCUUAUAAUUGUUAUAGCUGUGCUGGGCCAGAUCCUAAGAGCUUCUGAACCACCUGCAGUCCCUUUGGCAUUUCUCAGAAUUUAAAGAGCAGCUUCCAAUAACUUUCACUGCAGCCACAUGCCUGUGAAAGGGACUUGGCUCUCACCUACUUUUUGCACUCCUGUGUGUUACCUUUCGCACCAAUGCAGAAUGGAUUCAAAGCACUACUAUUCUGAUUUGGUAGCCUUUCCCUAUGCCCUGGUGCAAAACAGUGAUGCAGGAUGAGAGCAAAUGGCAAGGAAUGCUAGAUCGGACAAAUACAAUCCUGGCAGGACUUUCAUGGUAUCGCAAAGAAACCAAACAAAAUUUUCGUUCUGUUAUUAUUUUUAAAAAAAACUCCUCUCUUGAAAGCCGAAUCCAUCCAAAAGUGUGAUCUGCCAAAAUUCUGUCUCGGGUGAGGGCUGGGUUUCCAAGAGGUUCUUCGUUGGCCGGGCUGUGCACGUGCCGGAAUUGGUGCUGGCCUUGUGGCAUGGUGGCUUCUAGAGCCCUGGGCCUCCUUUGCACUGGUCAUCUCGUUCCAUUUGAUUUUUUUCCCUUUUGAGUUUCUUUAAAUAAUUUGGUUUUCAAUUUUUGACUCUUGAAAAGAGAGUCCUAAAAUAUGUUUUUAAAAGUAAAUAAAAAUAAUCUAUUUAAA